ACCACGGAGGAUGAGGAAGGAGGGCCGAGGUGAACAUUUGAAGCCGACGAGACCAGACUCGUCUCGGCUAUUUUUCAGAUUUCACAAGUAGUAAUAUUUUGGAGACUUCAUUACAUCGCAAAUCAUGAACACCAAUGAUUUUAUAGUCCUCCCACAGGGAAAAACUGGAAACUCUGUAAAAUUAAAAACCAAAAAUACGCAAGAGCUGCAAGUAGAGAAAGUAAAAUUAGAAAUGGAAAAUCUGGAGAUGGAGAAAAAACUACAGCAACUUCAAGCAAGCAUGAGUAGGGAAAAAGAAGAAAGAGAGUCAAGUGGAUAUCACUGGAAAUCUGGACAGACAAUCCAAUUGGGAUAUCAAUCACAGAGACUGUCACAACAUAAAGAAAAUUUUGCUAAGAUUUCUUCAGGAAAAGUAAAAUUAAAAGCACUGAGAGAGCCUGGUCAAGAACCAGAGAAACAAUUAUAUGACCACAAAAUGGCAAGUGACAGUGUCCAUGAAAAAUCCAAAACAAGAGGAAAAGCAUGUGGACAAUGUGAGAUCAAAACAGCCCAACUGGUCUGCUUAGAAUGUGGAGAAGAUUACUGCGUGAGCUGCUUUGCUAAAAUUCAUCAGAAGGGGGCAUUGAAGCUCCAUAGAACAACUCUUUUGCAGACAAAACCUCAUGUGCCAUUCAGUAAAUUGGAUGUUGCUCAUCAGUUCCUGAAGGGUGUUAAUUCUGAUGAAUCUAAAGUGAAGCAUGAUCUGAGGAAAUUUAUUAGUAAUACUCAGUUUCCAUCACAAACUCCUUUUCAAACAAACAGCUCUCAGAUAGAUACUCCAGCACUAGACGGCACUGAGUCUGCUAAUCAGAAAGGAGGAUUAUUGCUUCAGGGUUCAUUUGACGAGGUUGAAUCUGCCAAGUCUUUCCAGGAAAUUUUAACUCACCACAGAACUGGAAAUUAUGGACAGAGGGAUUACUCCCAAGAGGCUAAAGCAGAUCCAAUGGCUGCGUGUGAGGUACAAACAAAUCUUAGAAUUUUGAGAGAACCACUUGAAAUUGAGUUUCAAGAAAACAGUUUGUCCUACAUGGAGAAAUUAUGGCUUAAGAAGUACAGAAGCAUUCCAUCAGCAAAUGUCCCGAAUAAAUUCAGACAACCACGAAUGUCAAUUGAGGAACCCGAUUGUAUUCUAAAUGGGAAAGACAAUAUUAAAGCUGAAGAGAUGCAAUUUCAUCACACUGCUAACUCCUUAGGAGAAGACACUGAUAUAGAAAGACUUGAAGAAUCAUGUGUAAACAUAGUGGAACUAAAUGAUACUUGUGAAGAGGAACUCAAAGGCAAGGAGAGCUUCGUGCCUUACAGAGUUGAAAUGGCCGAGUCCAACAGCCAAUACAGUUGGAGAGUACCUGAGUAUCAGAAGAAUGGAUUUCAUUUCGGAGCACACUUGUGGCUUUCAACAAAGCAGAGUGUAGACUGUUUGUAUUCUGCUUUAAUUAAAGAAAAAACUCACCACUUAGCCCUUUGUAGUGGCACGGAUCCUCUACCUUGUAAAGAGAUUCAUAAAGUAACAGCAGCAAAAACUUUCCCAAAUGAAUUUCAAAAAAGAGCAGAUGCUGAUGUCUUUUCCUCCAACACAGAAGAAAUGGUGCCCAGCAAUCCUCCUGAUGGAUAUUUAAGGGAGAAGAAAAGCAUAAAAACUGAACAUAAUGAUGCAUUUCUUGGUUCAAGCCUGACACCUGAGAGAACCUCGUAUCUGGUUAAUACAGAUUUGGAUCCUUCUUCCACUAGAACAAGAUCCUACCAAAAUACUGAAGAAUUCCUAAAAUUUAGCAAUUUGAAAGACAGUGCUAAUGUACAAAUUCCAGACAUUUCAAAGCCAUCAAAGGUAUUACAAGAAAUAGCCCUUAGAAGAAAACCUGUAUCUGACCAAUACCAAGGACUUGAAAGAUUCUUUCUUGCUGGUACAACCUCUGUGAAAGGAAGCACCACCCCAUUUCUUUCAGAUGGUUCAAAAUGUCGCUCUCCCAACUCUACAAUCACAUUUACAGAAUUGCAGAAGAUUUUAUGUUGCCACUUCCCCACCCAAGCACAGUGGAGAGAAGACAAUGGGCCCCAAUGUCGAGGUCACGGGCAGUGGAUAUCUGGCAGCAGCUUAAGUGAAUUUGCUGAUGAGUCAGUGGUGCAGAGUGUUCUGUUAAGCGCCCAGAGUGAACCUUCAAGGAGAAUACAUCCCAAAAUGGGACCUGCUUCCCAAAGACCCACAACCACAAAUCUACCUCCUGUUAAAACUCCUCAAAGGAACCGUGACCACUUCAGAUCUUUUCAUCUAGAACCACGGAGUGUUUCUGCCCAGCCAUUAUCCAGAGCUGCUUUUGAAAUUUCAGAAAUUGAAUCCAUUGAUUUAACUGAUCAAAACGAUUCUCUCUUAGACAAUGCUGCUGAUCAACAAACAUUAGACAGUUUAGAAAAAGAGCUUGGUGUGCUGAAAAACCUUGCAGAUCCCCUAGGUGAACUUUACAGUUUACGCUCUGAAGAGUUAUCAGCCUUCAACAUACAGUUAAAGACGAUGAGUAAGACUGUUACAGAUGUCCAUAAAAUGUCAGGAAUAAAAGACCCCUGUAGAGUUGACACUCCAAGUUACCUGGGAGAGAAAAAUGAGUCUCCUAUCUUGCUGUCAUCUCCAGAAAGUGACAAAGAUGAUGAUGAAGAAUUACUAGAGGAUAAGCAACAAGUCACAGAACUCCACUGACCAAGAGGAAAUUAAUUAUGAAUGUUUGAUAUUUCUCUAUUUGUACAGAUUUAAUGGGGUGGCUAAUUGCCUUCAGAAUUUCAAUGCAUAAUGUCUAUGCUUUUU